GCAUCCAUAGCGUCUAUGAGGGUGGGGUCCGGCUGGGUUGCACUCACAAACACACACACACAGAGAGAGGGGGAGCGCGCCACCGAGAGCAGAAGAGAAGAGAAGAGAAGAGAAGAGAAGAGAAGAGAAGAGAAGAGGAGGGAGAGAUAACGACAGAAGAGGAAUACAACAAGGGAUGAAAGGAGACACCCCCGUGAACAGCACUAUGAGUGUGGGACAGGCCCGGAAGCUGGUGGAACAGCUGAAAAUUGAAGCCAGUUUCUGCCGCAUCAAGGUUUCCAAAGCAGCAGCGGACCUGAUGGCCUACUGUGACGCGCACGUGUGCGAGGAUCCGCUGAUCACCCCCGUGCCCACCUCGGAGAACCCCUUCAGGGAAAAGAAGUUCUUCUGCGCCCUGCUGUGAUCACGCCCCCUGGAGGAGAACAGGAGAAGAGCGGAGGAGGGGAGGGGAUACUAUGCCUACUCUACAUUGCAGAUUUCUAUACAUGCAUUUCGGACACACACACACAUACACACACACACACACAUGCAGAUACACAAGUCAUUGAACCAAUUGACAUGUGGUGAGACAAAAUUCUUACCAUAAGCAAAUUUUUUUGAGGUGCACACUUAUUCAUUAAAAGAUGUCUGUAACAACAAAAACAUGUAAAGUAAAAACUAAAGUAUAUGAUUAUAUGACGGAGAGCGACAGUACGUGCAGUCACACACACACACACACACACACACACACACACAGACACAACAGCAAGCACACUUCAUUUUUUGGAUAAUCAAGUGAAACUAGGUGGUGGGGUAGCCGUGGAGCCUGUGACGACGUGAAACUUUUAAUACUAAUUCUGUGCUGGUCGAUGUGAUUGAUCUUUCUUUUCUGUGCAUCAGUAUGCUUUCUCAGCUGUUCAGUGCGAUUACGUUUGCCUUCUGUUACUUCGGUUUGGUGUGGAAGAGUGGUGUGUAGCUCGAUGUUGUUUGGGUGUCGGUGCAAGGCCUUGGAAAAAAGCGCUGCACAAAAAGUCGUGUGUAAAAGUGCGUUAGGCAUCAGACGGCUCCUGCAUCUCAGAUUCCAGCCGAUCGUGGGGCGGAUCGUGGGGCCGACGUGGCCCAGGUGUGGCCCGUGUUCGCUCCAUAGUUCGACUGUCUGUCUGGGAUGUGUGUUUGCAUGCGAACCCUGCUCUUAACAUUCCACUGAAUACGCCGAGUCGGUGUCCCUGACCGGACGGUAGCCGGGACGGAGCCGCAUGUGGGCCAGUCCUGGUGUGCACAGCCAUCAUUGCAGGCGCUGGACAGUCAUACAACAGCAGAACGAGGAGAUGGGUAUUCACAUACCGUUUACACACUCCUGUAUGGGGCGCAGCAGCUCAUUGUCAGAUUGUGACCCGUGAACUUAUAUUGAAUAGUUUGUGGACAAACACUUUUGUUUCUUGUAGCUCUAGGGUGAUUAAACGGUCUGUAGGUUGAGAGUGGCUUUCUGAUGUUGUAUAUUCAAAUAUCCAACUCUGGGAGCAACGGCACCAGUUCUCCAGGAGUUUCUUCUGUGUAAGGGACUCUGAAUAUUAGACACAUGCCAUCUGUGUUGCCCUUCUGCAAAGAUGACAUUUAUGUUCCUGAAUACUGCAACAGUUCCAUCCUAUCAUGUCAUAAUUUCAGGGACAUCUCGGUUCACAGAAAUGUCAAACUCAUCUUUUUAAGGACCCUAUUUCAGAUUUUGUUUGUAAGGAACAUGGGGAAUUUACUAUGCCCAAAUAAAACACCUCACCACAAU